UGAAGGAUUGUGGUUUGGGGGGUAUCUUAUAAGAUGAGGAGAUUUCUGGAACACCACACUGUGACCAUAAGCCUUCUGUACUUCAGAGUUGAGGGAGAUGGCUUUUUCCUUCUGUAACUCCUGUUAAAGGGAACAGUGAGCCACAAAUUCUAAUUUUGCAGUCAGCUUGGGAAUUUGAAUUGUGUUUCUAAUAGAUUUUUCUUCCUCAAGCUGUAUUGUGCUAGUAGAGGGAACCGAUUUGCAUAACUUCUGUCAGUCUGAAGCACUGCCUGAUUGCUUUCUGGUACAGAAGGUUAGUUUAAAUGUUCUUUAUAGUUGUGAUCUGAUUAAUUUUUCAUGUUGGGAAAUGUUUUCCUGAUUCUGUAUGGUUACCGAGCAUGUGGAAAUGAAAUGUACUGAAAGAAAUGCCAGCCUAUUUGGAGAAGCAAUACUUUUGUUUCCAUUUUCUUUAGCAUAAAAAUCCAGAAUGUCUAACCUGGCCCAAACGUUAAUUCUCCAGUCUGGGGGUUAGCUUGUGAAGCAGUGUAGGUUUCUGUAUUUGCCCAUAUUUACACUAAUAAUGAAUAAUGUCCUGUUAGGGCUUUCUGGCUUUCCAGUAGAGGCCUUUCCUUUUGGUGAAAUUUAUUAUUUGAUAUUUCAGUAGCUUUGAUGGUUAUAGAUCUGUGCAAGAAGGUUAAACUUGGAGAUAGCAGAAGGUUUUCAAACAGUGUACAGCAUAAAUCUUUCUGUCUAAUGGAAAUUUACAACACUGAAAAAGCAAUGUUCCUUUGUAGCCUGGUAGAUUUUGUUGAUAUUUAAUUACCUUAGCUCUUAAAGAAAAGAUAUCACGUAAUGAAGACUGGGUGGAGGAAAAACAGUGUCAGGUCUGUAGUACUUUAUACCACGCAUGUAAUCCUCAGCGGUGGCAGGAACUCAUUUCAGGAAAGAAGGGAUCUCAGCAGAGUUCUGUUGUCAGUCCAAUCCCUCCUGAAACAUCAGGUAAACUAUCAAAAAAAAAAAAAAUCAGUUGCAUUUUUCGAGUUAUCUCAUUAAGAUACUUAAGCUCUUUAAAAAGAAAAAUAUUUCCUGCAGUAAUUCUCAAAGAAAAAUAAAUCACCCUUCUGAAUGAAAUGUCACUCCCGGCGGCCGGUUGUUCUUCUCCAGCAGUUUUUGAACACCGGGAGCUGCAGAACUUGGCGUGCGCGAGGUGCCGGCGGUCCCGCACUGCUGCGGCUGCCCGGGGCAGCGGCGCCGGCUCGGCAGGCAGCGCUGCCAGCAGCCGCCCACCGGCACGGCCGGGCAGCGGCCCCGGCCCGGGCGGGGCGGGGGGUCCGGGCGCCGCCUGAUUGGCCGCAGCGCGGGGCCCCGCGGAAGGUGCCGCGGGCGGCGGCGGGGGCGGCGCGGCGGGUGCCCGCAGAAUGGGCGGCAGAGCCGGCUUCUUCGAGAAACCAAUUCUAGGAGGAUCCUUAGACCCAUCCUCUGCUACAGUUUGUACCUUUUGGUUCAAGAGAAGCUUCAGACUGAGAGUCAAUUGUAAAGCAGCAGCACAAACAGAAUUUUCAGUGUGGAAAUCCUUGAUUGGGAGACAAAGAAACAGCUAUGCUUCCUAGAUAAGGUGGAACCAAAUGCUACAAUUAGAGAGAUCAGAUUGAUGUUCCAUAAAUUAUAUCCUCGGUGGUACCCAGCAAGGCAGUCAAUAAAACUUGAUCCAAAAGGAAAGUCCCUGAGGGAUGAAGAAAUCCUGCAGCACCUCCCUGUUGGCACAACUGCUACCUUAUACUUUAAAGAUUUAGGGCCACAGAUAGGAUGGACUACGGUAUUUUUGAUAGAAUAUACAGGUCCAUUGUUCAUCUAUUUUGUGUUUUAUUUCCGCAUGACUUUUGUCUAUGGACUGGAUGAGAGGUUUACAUCAAGUCCACACCCAGUAGUUAACUUGGCAUGUAUCUGCCAUUCUUUCCACUACAUCAAAAGGUUGAUUGAAACAGUAUUUGUUCAUCGAUUCUCCCGUGGGACUAUGCCACUGAGGAAUAUUGUGAAGAACUGCUUAUAUUAUUGGGGAUUUGCAGCUUGGCUUGCAUAUUACAUCAAUCAUCCUCUUUACACUCCUCCUUCUUAUGGGAAAAAACAGAUAAAUUUUGCUGUGAUCAUGUUUCUGCUGUGUGAAGCUGGAAAUUUUUCCAUUCAUGUUGCACUCAGUGACCUCCAGAGAAAUGGAUCCAAAACCUGUAAGAUCCCAUAUCCAACAAAGAAUCCUUUCACAUGGCUGUUUUUCUUUGUAUCUUGCCCUAACUAUACAUAUGAGGUGGGGACCUGGAUCAGUUUCACUAUCAUGACUCAGUGUGUUCCAGUGGGACUGUUCACCUUGCUUUGCUUCAUUCAGAUGACAGUCUGGGCAAAGGAUAAACACUGCACCUACUUAAGAGAAUUCAAGGAUUAUCCAAGUCAUAGAAUGCCAAUUAUUCCCUUUUUGUUGUAAGAAAAGAAGGCUCAAUUUUAAUAUUGCACAGAACUUCAAGAAGAAAAACCUCAUAAAUGUCCUGCCAAAUAAAUGAAUUAAUUAAAAGGAUUUUGGUGCAUGUUGAAUCUCCACUGCUAAGGGAAAUUGUAUGCACUUGAAAGCUACACUUCCUUACAUUCAAGAAUUCUCAACUCAGAAGCACCUUAAAAGAUAAGGCUUCGUUGCACAGCUGCAAGAAAAUGUUCCUGCAGUUCACUGUAACCUGACUUAGAUUUUUCUGUACUAGUCUGUUUAGAUUGAUGGAUCAGAGCUCCUGAGAAGUCUGUGCUGAAAAGCAGCUCCAAAUUUAGCAGUGGCAUUCUGCAAGACAGAAGUAGACUGGAAGGAGGACACACCAGCUAACUACAGAGCUCAGUUCAGCCAGCACGGCCAGCUGGCCUCAGGACAGUUGCAUGAUCUGCCUUCUCUGACUUGAAGAAAGUGUGCUGCCUGGAGGCAGGUGCUUUGUAACAGAUAACAUUACCAAAGAAUAUCAGUGGUUCCUGGAAUAAAGAAAUAGGCCAUAUCUCAAACACCUGUUUUGGGUCUAACACCUAAUUUGCCAAAAGAAUCUUAAGUAAGAAAUAUUUGUAGUAUUUGGGAAUGUAAUAUCCUGUGCUGGGGUUUUUGUUUGUUUUUGGUCUUCUUGAUUAGUAGUUGCAUACUAGUAAAUAAGAUUCAGAAGUAAUCUAACGUAUGCCAUAUCUUUGAUAUCUGGCCUGUUUUGAUAGAACAUCUCCUUAUGAUACUAAUUGACCUUUUACCCAGCAUUUUACAUCAGGCUUCUCUCAGUAGCUUUUAAUACACAUUUUAAAUACAUGAAGUGACUGCUAGUCCUUGGAAUGCUCUUCCUAUUUUCAGAGCCAGGGAGAAAAAUCAGCUUCAUUUUGGACUUCCUGUGUUUUCUUUGUCACAGGAUGUUCUGUGGGACUUAGUUGGGUUUUGUGUAAAUCUAGUUUAAAAAGGCUUUUGAAAUCUAUCUGAAUGACAUUUUAAAGAAGCUAUUUUAGAAUAUGAAGAGAAUGCAUAGAUACUGUUUUGUUUCAUAAUUAAUUUAUUUAUCUAUAAUAGAUGUAUAGAAAGAUUUUUGAAACUAUUUGUAAGGGUGAAAUAUGCAAUAAAAUCUAUUUUAAAACCAGUUGAAAUAAUUAUGGCAAAAAGAGAAGGCUACAGCUGGUUGCUGAAGUUUCAUAAUAUUUUGUACAGUAAAAAGCAAGAGUGUCCUUAUAAAAAAAAUCUACAUCAAUUGAAGAAAAAAUCUUUCAAAGCAAAAAAACAUGACCCAGAUUUUAAUUCUGUAUAACAUAUCUUAGACAAGAUUUCUUAGAAAUGAUUAGAUCUCAUAGAUAACUGAAGCAAU